GUUUGGAAUUCGUAACAGUAUGCUUCAAAAAUCUUAAAAUACUAGAUAGUUUACGUAAAACAUUAAAAUGAAAAAUACUUUUUUUUCAUUUAUUGAAAAUGUAUAAAAAUAGUUUUAAAUUGAUAUCAUGAAUGGAUCAAUGUUAGACCAGCAUUUGAAAACCUGGAAGAACUGGACAGUCGUUUCGUUCUACUAUAGGACUCCAUAGAAGUGCGCAUCCACAAUCCUGCACGAGGAAUUCGAAUAUGAGGCAAUUACUCACUGAAGACAAUCGAGAACGUUCGCUCAAUAUCGUAGACUAGUUGGAGUUAGAUAUUAACACCAUUGGAUGCUCGCUCAGUAGUCUAUAGGUUAGGCGUUCGCUCAAAAGACUGUAGAUCCAGGGUCUGAGUCUCAUGUGUGGGAUCGUGGAUUCGCACUUUUGAAAAGUCCUAUACUAGAACGAAAUGGCUGUCUAGUGCCUCCAUGCUUUAAAUGGUGGUCUAACAUUGAUUCGUUCAUGAUAUCAAUCGGAGGUAAAAAAAAACUUUCACAACCCCCUACUGACAAAAAUAAAUUGUUUAACUUUUCUAUCGUUACAUUCUUCGUUGAUAUUUUUACAUAUAAACAUGCACCUAGACAACCAAAAAUUUCAAUAAAAUCUACCAUUUGUUGGCAUUCAUUUGAUUUCAUUUUUUCUUUGUAUACACAACAAUCAUUAUCUUUACUUCAAUGUUUAUUGAUUGAAUUUUGUAUAAUGUAACAGAUUUUUGUUUUAAGAAUUGUAAGCAUUUUUUUAUUGUUUUGGUGUCAUGGAUACAUAUGCUUAUGUGUGUGUGUGUGUGUAACCACAAUAUACACGGUUUAUAAGCUGAUUGAUUCAUCUAGAAUUUAUUCAUUCGAUUUCAUUAAAAUCAACUAUAUUCAUAUCACCAUAUUACUAAAAUGGCUAUAAUGUAUAUACUUGAAAAAGAAUUUGACAGUAUUGAUAAAAAUUCUGAUGGAUUUCUAAGUAGAGCUGAAAUUAUUAGCUGUUUGGAAAGUUUUGGUUUUCCUAAAAGUAAAGCUGAAGAAGUUAUCAAACUGUAUGAUGAAAAUAAAGAUGGGAAAAUAUCUAAAAAUGAAUUCAUGAAAGCUACAAAUAAGAAACUUUCACAAUCUGAUGUAUCAUGUGCUGCAUUAAGGAAAAUAUUUCGUGAAAUGGAUCGAAAUAAAGAUGGAACUAUUUCAAAAGAAGAAAUAAAAAAUUACAUGAAAAAUGAUUGUAAUUUUAUAUUCCCUAUACAAGUUGAACAAUGGGUUGAUAAAUAUGAUAAAAAUAAAGAUGAAAGAUUAAAUUAUGAAGAAUUUAUUGGAUUUGUUUCAGAAUAUUUGUAAAUAUAAUUUCUUUUUUGGCAUAAUAAUUAUUAUCAUUGUACUAAAUUUCAUAUUCAAUAAGUAUAUUUUAGUGAAUGACAAUAUAAACUACAUUUUUAGUACUUUUUUAUUUAUUUGAAUGAAUUUUCAAAUUUAGUAUCGUUUCAAUACACUUUUAUGAAUAACUGAAAAAUGUACCUUUUUUUAUUAAUGAAUAUUGAUUUUGAUAGUUGAAACCGUAAAAUAUUUUAAAAACAUGGCAGUAUGUAUUCCAUGAUGUUGAUGACUUGAUAAUAAAAAACUUACUUACUUACGCCCUUUACUCCGACCAACAUUAUCCCAACCCACUUUGUCCUGAGCCUUGCUUUCUAGUUCUAUCCAAUUUUUGUUGAUUCUUCAAACGUCUGUCUCCAUUUCUCGGCAUAAUGUGUUCUUUGGUUUUCCUCUUUUUCUUUGGCCUUGAGGAUUUCAUGUGAAAGUUUGCCUUCUGACGUAGGUAAGUCUUCCACCUGGAGCCCCUCUAGGGCUACUUCCGGCUCCAAGCCAGGAUAAAAGAGGAGGGUUGGGCAUGGGAUUAGCGACCUCACCCUGUAGAAAACUAACUCACUAAGAAAACGCUUACCAGAAAAAAACUUAAUACACCAAAACGUAUCCAUUAAUUAAUAAUCUUAUUUUGAGGAGGUAAAUGAGUCGAAUCUAAGAAAUACAAAAGAAAUUAAAUUUUUAAGCAUUUUAAAUAGACUUUUAGCUGAAAUGUUAAUAAUAGUAACUUAUGCGGUGUUUGUUUGUGGUCUAGUCGUAAAGCCAUAUAUACUUAGAAUGGGUUUAUUUAUAACAGCCUGGUCUGUAACUGCAAUUUUUAAUGUUAAGAUUUAUAGCUUAAAGUGAUGACUCUCACCAUCGACAACUUUUUUAAUAUAAACUCAAGUUCUAACAGUAUUUCUAUCAGUCUCUUAGUGGCUUAAAGAAUUGAGUGUAGUACAUUUAAAUGACGAAGUACUACAAUUGGUUUGGCUAUAUAAAGUACUUUUAAAUGUUCAAUCUAUGAAAUUGCUUGCUUAUCAAUCACUCAAAAUUCUGACUGAUUUUGAAGCGAAGCUUAGCAAUAAAAAAAUCUGUAAACAACUCUGUCCUGAGCUUUCUUUCCCAGUUGUUCCCAGGUCCUAUUCGUAGUUCUUAUGUUCACCUCCACUUCCCUGAGUCAUGUGUUCUUUGAAGAUACUAAGCUAAGGUUUGUCUUGUAAUGCAACCGAAUGGUCACUGUAUAGUGUUUCCUACCCCUAGCAUAUUUUUCUAACUUACGCAAAUGGUAGUGGGUUUGUUACUCCUCACAGUAGAUUAUUGCUGAUGUGUGAUGUUUGUAUGAACUUGUGAUUUGUUUGAACUUGAUGACUGCCUGAUUUCAAACCUUUUCAUAUAGUCCUCAAAAGUAUCAAAAUCUGAAUUUAUGUCCAGCUGUUCCAUCACUGGUUCCUGCUCGCGACGCCGAUGUGAUAAUUAGAAGUAUCUGAAUUAUUAUACGAAUUAGGAAUCCCAGAAAUAACACAAUAUAACCAAGAUGAACUAAACGAGCACGGAAAAACGUCUUUAGAAUUCAAAAUCAGGCAGUCAUCAAGUACAAAGGACUCAGUUCUUACAAACACCACAUGAUGGCUUUGAAAAAAUGAAUCUAGAGUAUCAUGCGUAAACAGCUACUUAUUAAUACAUGUACUAUUUUAUUGAUGUUGAUGAUAUUUCUUUACGUACGAGUUCUGCAUAAUGAGGUUGUUUUAAUGUUAGCUUUUUAAAUUCUGAUUAUAGUCUUAAGUUACAGUUGCUCAGACUUCCAAAUAUUUUUCGAUAAUAGGAAUGAUCCCACUGUCUUCACGAUUCACGUCUGUAUCAAGUGCUCCUUGUUUAUCUAUUAUGCUUCCUAGACAUGUAAAGGUUCCCAGCUCUUUCAGAGUUUCACUAUCAAAUAUGAUUAGGUUGGUUCUUGCUAUUUUGUACUUUAGGAUCUUUUUCCAUUGUGAAUGUUGAGUCUUAUUUCUGUGAAAGCUAUUGCUGUGUAGCGGUAAAUAAAUCCCCAAAAUAAAUAGCACUAAGUUUUCGACAUUGGAUGCUGACCAUAUGUUUUAGUGGACUCACCUAGCUGAAGGCGCUCGGUCAGGCAUCCGCACCAGAUCACGUGUGGUAACGCCAUGCUCAACAUCAACCGCAAUCGCUAGCCAGAUUAGAUCAGAGAAUUCCGAUAUAUUGGUCAUCGCCAAAUAUACUCUUCCGGUCUCCUCGACUCUGUCUUUUGAUUUCUCUUGGUGGGAACGAAAUAUAUUAGGUGUUACUGGUAGAAGCGUUGUCAAACACUGAAUACCUGUGACAUCAUCAUUGGUGAGCCCGACGUGAUCUGGUACACCUAAUUGCAACUGUGAGUCUGUUCCUUUUUGGGAUUUUUUAUAUAUCAUUGCCUUAUUUUUUAUUUUUUUUAAACAUUGUGAUUUUUUUUCGUGUUUUUUCUUGGAUAUAUAUAUAUUUUCCCCUCGUUCAUUAUCGUACUUCAUACUUCAUCAUGACUGAACAGACACCUAAAGUACUCAAGCUUAAGACUUUGUCCCCGCCUUCGUUUCAACUGACGCCUUUCUGGCCCGACAACAUCGAAGCCUGGUUCUGCUACGCAGAAGCCGACUUCUCCGAGCACGGCGUGAUCGAUACACGUGCACAAUUCCUCGCAGUAGUCAAGGCACUACCGCGCGAAUUCAACAGGUACGUAACACCUAGUAUGUUUACUAGUGAUGUUUCCGAUCCUUACGAAAUCUUAAAACGCUCGAUUCUUAAACGAGGAGACCUAACCGAUCGACAAAGGUUAGAUCAACUCUUCAAUAACAUCGACCUGCAACACGGUUCUGCGACGGACAUGUUGCAACGGAUGAGAGAGGUAAUAGGCCCAAGAACUUUCGACGAAGGUCUAUUCAAACAACUCUUCUUGUCAAAACUUCCCCAACAGGUGCAAGCAGUUCUGGUCUCGUUCCAGAACAACGCCUUAGACGAACUAGCUGUAUCUGCCGACCGCAUUCUAGAAAUUACGAAACCUUCUACUACCGAGGUAUUUUCAGUCAAAGAAAAGCCUCACACGACUCAGAAUGAUAUAACCGACUUAUGUCACACACUCACGCGUUAUCUUAGUCUUCGUACCGACCGUAAGAGAUCGCGCACACCACGUAGAAGCAUUUCUCGUAAGCGAUCUGUCUCUAGACCACGAGAGACAGAUAACCCCGACUGGUGUUGGUAUCAUAACCAGUAUGGAAAGUUUUCCAGAAAUUGCAGAAAACCCUGCAAUUUUCCCAACACGAAACCGACUGAUUCGAAAAACAAUUCGGGAAACUUCCAAGCCGGCACGCGUUAACGGCAACCGUAGCCGGCGAACAAAGCCGUCUGUUAUUCGUCACAGAUGUGACAACGAGAGUUCGCUACCUCGUCGACACUGGCGCAGAAGUUAGCGUUCUCCCAGAAAAUCCUAACGACCGACUACACGAUCCGACCCUAAACUUACAGGCGGCAAACGGAAAACCGAUCGCUACGUAUGGCAAAAGGUACGUUUACCUUAACGUGGGUUUACGCAAACCCAUACACUGGAUUUUCGUUGUUGCAGAUGUUUCUAUGCCAAUCAUUGGUAUGGACCUUCUACAACACCACAAUCUGAUCAUCGAUACGCGCAAACGGAGGCUAGUAGACGGGAACACUAAUUUGUCCG